AUGUCCCAAAUUAUGGGAAGAGAUGAAAAAGAUGCAUUAAGUACAUCACAAUUAAUUUAUCCAUGUAUGCAAUGUGCUGAUAUCUUUGAAUUAGGAGCUGAUGUUUGUCAAUUAGGAUUAGACCAAAGAAAAGUUAACAUGUUAGCUAGAGAAUAUGCACCAACAGUCAAUAGAAAAGCACCAAUUGUUUUAUCUCAUCAUAUGUUAAUGGGAUUAAAAGGACCAAAAGCUGGAAAAAUGUCAAAAUCUAUUCCAGAUUCAGCUAUUUUCAUGGAUGAUUCUUAUGAAGAAAUUAAACGUAAGAUUUCAAAAGCAUUCUGUACUGAUGAAGUUGCCAACAACCCAAUUUAUGAAUAUUUGAGAUACGUCAUUGUUCCAUAUCUUCAAAAAGUUACUCUUUGUGGUAAAGAAUACACUUUAGAGGACAUUGUUCCUGGUUAUCGUGAAAAAGAUGAAGAAGGUAAAAUUCUUAUUGCCAAACCAAAGUUUAUGGAAGAAUUUAAAGCCAUGGACAAGAAACAAUUAAAAGAAGAUGUUGCUCGUUUAAUUAAUGACAUUGUUGAACCAGUUAGAAAACACUUUGAAACUGAAGAAGGAAAAAAAUUAUUAGCUACUGUUCAAUCAUUCAACAAUGCUACUACUCGAUAA